ACUGCUUAAAAUAGCCAACUGGGUAUCUUUGCUCAGUCUGCUGGAACUUUCCUCUCAGAAGCCAGGACCAAAUGAUCUGUCACGAAGAGUAAUGAGAGUGUCCAAUGGCGUUCAGAUCCUCUUCCUCCAGCUCACCUGUCUUGACUGUGUUUGAGCUUGAGCAGCUCCUCUACAAGGGGAAGUGCACCUGUAACCAUGCAGAUGAAGUGUGGCCCAACCUGUAUCUUGGUGAUCAGCAAAUGGCAGACAAUCGUAGUGGCCUGUCAAGACUCGGCAUCACUCACAUCCUGAACUGUGCGCACAGCAAGUGGCGUGGCGGUGCAGAUUAUUACAAGGGUAUGGGCAUCACCUAUGAAGGCAUCGAGGCACAUGACUCGCCCACCUAUGACAUGAGUGUCAACUUCAACCUUGCAGCUGACUUCAUACAUAAGGCACUCAGCAGUGGAGGGAAGAUCCUGGUGCACUGCGCAGUUGGAGUGAGCCGGUCUGCUACCCUGGUGUUGGCCUAUCUCAUGCUCCGGCAGCACAUGACUCUGGUGGAUGCCAUAAAUACAGUGAAGGAACGGCGCGGCAUCAUACCAAACCGUGGCUUUCUGCGGCAGCUGAGCAACCUGGACCGCACACUUCAUGGCAGACAUAGGAUCUAGAGCAAACUGGGAAGUCCCACUACCCUCCACUUUAUUUUAAUUUUAUGAUUUUGUUUUGCUCUUAAACAGCUUCCAAGUAUGCAGUAAAGUG